ACCGGGUCAGCUGUCAGUGCGGCGGUAAAAGAAAUUUAACGUACUUGACUGAAUUUUUUAAGGAUUUUUUAUAAAAAUGCGAGAAAUGGACGAAGAGGGAGAUAAUAUUCUACUUCAAGAUAAUUAUUAUCAAUUACUCAAUGUGGCAAAAACGGCCAGUGUAGAAGAAAUAAACAGUGCCUACCGUCGUUUCUCGAGAAUAUUUCAUCCAGACAAACACAGCACAGAUCCCAAUAAACAGAAAUGGGCUGAACAGAUAUUUAAUAAAAUCAAAGAAGCAUAUGAAGUACUCUCUGACUCACACAAACGAGCUAUCUACGACACACUCGGUAAAAGGGGGCUAGAAGUAGAUGGGUGGGAAGUUAUAUUCAGAACACGAACUCCUCGGGAGAUCAGAGAAGAGUAUGAAAGGUUAAAAAGAGAAAGAGAAGAAAGAAGGUUACAGCAGAGUGCCAACCCUCGAGGCACAAUCACACUCUCCAUAAAUGCUACUGAUAUGUUUAUGAAGUACUAUGAUGAGUAUGAUAUUCUUGAGGAGUCAGCUGUGAUCCCAAGUGUGGAAGUCUCGGGGAUGACAAUCCAGCAAUCUAUAGAUGCUCCAGUCACACUCCGCAACACUGUAACACUGUCGGGGAAUAUCUCCACACAGAAUGGGAUUGGCACGGGGUCACUUACGGUGUCAAAUCGCCAUCUAAGUUCCGACAGAGGCUGGACGGAGUUAGAAUGUGGUAUAGGAAACGGACCCGUCGUUGGCUUCAAAAUAUUCAGAACCAUAUCAAGAUUGAUGUUUGUUAACUGCGGCACGGGUUUGCAAUUCACUUCCAGAGGGAUUAUGCCAAGUUUUGUAUCUACGAUGGCCCUCCAGCUGGACGCUCAUUCUGUUGGUUAUCUGACGUAUCGUGCGGGGUCAGGCGCGGGGUCCUCACUCACGAGCACAUACGUCCGUGACUCGCAGCGCCACCACGUGUCAGCGUCCGUACAACUCGGCUCGCCUCAUUCCUUCGUGUCACUACAUCUCGUCCGCAAACUAACAGAUCACGAUCUCAAGCUGCGCCUGGCUUUCAAAAUGGGAACAUUUGGUGCGAUCGUGGAAUAUGGCGCGGAGAAGAAAGUGUCCCAGAACAGCAGUGUAUCGGCUGCUGUUAUGCUAGGGGUGCCCAGCGGUGUGAUGCUUAAACUAAAAUGGUCGUGCUCGUCACAGAGCGUGGUGCUUCCUAUUCAUCUUUGCGAGGAGGUGAUGCCAUCUCCCGUUUUCUACGCCACUGCCGUACCUAUAAUUUCAUGGCUGUUGUUGAAGAAACUGCUAUUAGACCCUAUAGCAAGAGAUAAGAGGGAGAGGGAACGGCAGAGAUCUAUGGAGGCCAACUUUGAAAGGUUACAAGAAAUGCAGCGUCAGGCGAGAGCAACUAUAGAGCUGAUGAGAGAAACGUAUUCUAGAAUAAAAAGUGACGAAGAAAAGAAGAAAGGCUUGGUUAUUAUAAGAGCUAUGUAUGGAAAACUACCUCAAGGGGCGUCAGAUCACGAUGCGUCUAGUGAGCCGAUAGGUGAUGGUGUUGAAGUUAGUCACGCUGAGGUUAUUGACGUCACUAUCCCCAUGCAGUGCCUCAUCAGAGAUAGCCGUCUCGAAUUACUAGACGCCAGCAAGUCUGAGCUGCCUGGCUUUUACGAUCCGUGUGUCGGUGAAGACAAACAUCUCACUGUGCUGUAUAUGUUCCACGGGAACGAGCAUCGUGCCACCGUCCCAGACGAUCAGCCGCUAGUACUGCCCCGCAACAACCAUCGAAUAAAGAACAGAUCUUGAAAACUAAAAAGGCGCAAAUAGUCCGCGCCACUGUGUAACAAAAUCCAGAGAACUUUGAACUCUAAUUGCGACCGAUUUAAGAGACAUUUAGUGCGAAACAACCAACUGUGGAUCUAUACCAUACCCCUCAGAUAAAUAGCAAGUGUCAUGACCAGGUCCCAUACAUAUAUAUAUAUAUAUAUAUAUACACGCCCAACUUCUUACGUCCAAAUUGAUGGUAAUUAUUAACAGAACACCAUAUAUCAGAUGGGAACAUUAAAAGACGCACAAAUCUUUCUCAUUCACUCAUGCCUUUUCAUAUACUAUCCAUUGGAAAUGAAUAGAUUAUAAUAAUACAGCUGUGAGAUGAUACAACACUAAUAGAUUUGUACGCCUUACAAGUGUUGAUUCUGUAUAGUUACGUAACAUUAGAUAUGUUUAAAUAUAUAUUUUAAUAGGUCGGUUAUAAAUGAAUAUAUCUUGUCAUAGCAAUAAUAUUAAACUUUCAAUAUGCCUCACCUUGCCUUAUCGCGAGAACAUUAAUAUAUACAUAGUAUUGAAGUUUUAUACAACUAUGUACAUGAAUCUAAAAACAAAGUUAUAAAUAGCAUAUUAAUUUUUUUAACAUUUUAAUCAAAUUGUACAUUGGCAGUAUUCAAUAAUGACCAUAUGAAAUGGUCAUGUUUGGACAUUUCAAUGUUUUCCGCAUACAUUCAUAGUGAGUAUGUUGACCGUCUGAUAAUGCAGAUGAACGAUAUUAUUAAACAAAGAGCAAUAAAUAUGGCCAGCUUUAUCAGUAAUAUUUACCGUGUCUAUGACACAGAGUAUGUAACAUAAGAACAUUUAAUAAUAUUGUAAAAAUUAAUAUAUUGUUCAUAAUUCUGAUUCAAGGAAUACAACUAUUGUUGUAGUUUUAAUACAUUGAAGUAAGUGUUUCAAUAUAUGUACUUCAUUGUGCUUUCUAUGUCUUUUUUAUGUUGGCAUUAUCAUAUUGAAAAACUUACUUUGAUGUAUUAAGCUAAAACUUCGUUCAGCUUUAUUGAGUCAGCCUUAGGUAUGCCUUACAGAAAUCCCAUAUAUUUUUAGAUGUAAAUAUAAGGAUGUAUCCUACAUGAACACUAUACCGCUAUUAUAGAUUAUUAAAGUUUAUAUAUUAUUAGUGCAAUAUAUCCCUGGUGUUUAUUCGACAUAUUUAGUUAAAUAUUUUUUUAAUAACAUAAAAAUUUGUAAUUGGAAUUGAGAUAUUUCUUCUUGCUUAUCCUAUAGUUAAAUAUGUAUAGUAUAAUUAUAUAAAUCUAAUUAUAUUUUGUUUAAUUUAUUAAAUUACGAUAUAAAUAUUUUUGUUGCUAUCAAUGGUUGCGCAAUACAUCGCCUCGGUAAAUGUUCUAGGUCGGCUUAGUAUGUAUGUUUGAUUAUAAAAUAAUUAGAAAGAGGAUAUUUACUAUAAAAAAAUUUAUAAAUCAAACGUUUCUUAUAUUAAUACUAAAUAACAGCUAAUUAUUUGCUUUAUUUAUUAUUUAGUUAUAAUAGCGCCAUCUAUAAUAAUUUUCACAAAAUGUCAUCCAUUUGGUCUGUCACAGUAUAUGCUCUGUUUUGUUCGUUUAUAAUUUAUUAUAGAUUUUUUUGAUCAUGGCACUGGAUUUUGUUAUGCGUAGCCGAAUCGCCUGUUAAAAUAUUAUCAUACGUGUCUCAUGAUGUUGAAUCGGUUAGAGCGAUGGUUUGUUGUGAACGUUGACGACGAAGGCCUUAUUACGACGAAACCUUAAGCAAUAAUUCCGUAAUAAUAAUAAAUAAGCAAUAUUGAACGGGACCAUAACUACAUCACUGACACAACUACUGUUCAUCCAUCGUCUCAGUAUGUCAUCUCGCACGUAAUUAAGCUCCUUUUGUCGACUGACGUAAUCGUAACGUGGCACCCAACGACACGGACACGAUACGAGAACGUCUAUUUAUACCUUAUCUUAUUGUGUUGUUAUGAAAUGUGUAAUAAUGUAGAUGUUCCAUUAUUGUUAGAAUGCCUUUAAAUGAUAUAUUUAGAUCUAGCUCUUGUUUUUGUGGGUUGAGAACUUGAUAUCCACUGUAAUAAAGAAAUGUUGUUAC